AUGAAUAGAAAUUCAACUAAUUUUAACGCGUGGGCGAAUAAUCCACUCAAAACAAGAAAAGAUGUAGUUCAAGCGCUUGAACAACAAGUAGAGCCGUUGAUUCCUGCAUUUACAGAAGAUGCUGCAAGAGUCAGUUUGGCAGAUACAUCUGCUCUUUUCAGUAUGGAAUCGGCAGAGUUAGAAGGAUUCGCUCGACCAUUAUGGGGUAUUGUACCAUUUGUCUAUGGUGGAGGUGAGUUUAAGCAUUGGGAAGUAUUCAGAAGGGGGUUAUCCAACGGAACAAACCCAAGUCAUCCAGAGUUUUGGAAAGAUGCUAAUGAUAUCGAUCAGCAUUUGGUUGAAUUAGCUGCCAUUGGUUUUGCCUUAUGCCUUGUUCCCGAGCAUAUUUGGAAUCCUUUAACCAAGGAGGCUAAAGAUAAUGUUUCCAGGUUCUUACUAAAAGCAAGGGAAAAGGAAUUUCCCCAUUGUAAUUGGAAGUUUUUUAGAAUUAUGAUUGAUUUAGGUUUAGAUAAAGUUGGAGUGACUUUCGACAAGUCUUUUACAAAGGCUUAUAUGGAAGAUUUGGAUGUAAUGUAUAUUGAUGAAGGUUGGUACGGUGAUGGAGCGAACAAUAGGAUUGAUUAUUAUAAUCCCUUUGCGUUGCAUUUUUACGGUAUGAUUUAUGCAUUUGUAAUGCAAGAGAGAGAUCCAGGACGAAGCAAGAAGUACAAGGACAGAGCAUUAUUAUUUGCAAAGCAAUUUAUUCAUUGGUUUAGUGAUGAUGGGGCUUGUAUUCCAUUUGGUAGAUCCUGUACUUAUAGAUUUGCAGUCGAUGGUUUCUGGGGCAUGUUGGCUUGUGUCAUAAAAGCUGACGAAGAACCUAUAAUUCCAUGGGGCGUAUUAAAAGGAAUUUAUUUAAGAAAUUUGCGUUGGUGGUCCAAGCAGCCAGUAUCUUUCUUUAAGACCAACAUUUUAUCUGUUGGUUUCAGUUACCCAAAUCAAUUUAUGUGUGAAAGUUACAACUCUCCACAAUCUCCGUACUGGUCUCUCAAGGCGUUUACAUCCUUAAUCUUACCUGAUUCUCAUCCUUUCUGGAGUGCCAAGGAAGAACCAUUGGUUUUAGAUAGUGCCUCUCUUAGAGUUCCCGGUAUGUUAAUUUCACACAACAAAGGUAAUACCGUUGCGCUUGUCAGUGGUCCAUAUCUGACAUUUUUAAGACAUCACGCUGAAAAGUAUAGCAAGUUCGCCUACAGUUCACGUUACGGGUUUAAUGUGGAAAAUAAUUUGAAAGACUUUUCAACCGCGUCACUUGAUAAUAUGAUUGGUUUCAGUUAUACUGGAAGGGAUUUCUUCUUCAGAGAGUCAAGCAAAUCUUGGAUUUUUGAGGACGGUCUCUAUUCAGAGUGGUCGCCUAGUGGAGCGAAUGACAUUGAAGUUAAAACUUGGAUUCUUCAGAAAGAAAAUUAUCAUAUUAGAGUUCAUCGUGUCUAUAAUAAUAGCUCAUUGGACGUCAACACUCGUGAAGGUGGGUUUGCGGUUAGUACUAUGCAUGAAAACCAAAUAGAACAAAAGAAAUCCCUUACACCGAAACCUAUUGCACGUUUAACAACUUCAAAAGAUACGACGCUCGUUGUUAAUUUAUUAGAUGAAAGAAAACCCAGGAUUUGUAAAUCUGAACCAAAUUCUAACAUAAUUUCCUCAAAGGUAGUAUUGCCACAAUUAGAAGGAAAGAUAGGAGCACGUUCGUCUGCACAAUUCGCUUGUGCCAUAUAUGCUCAACCUAAAGAUAGGUCUUUUGAUUUGGACCACUGGCAAGGCAAUAUAGAACUUCCAAGUGUAGAAGAAUUAGAAAGUUUGAAGUCAAGUGCUGAAAGGGUCAAAUGUAACGUCGCUGGUAAAAGUGACGAAAUAAUGACACAACAAAUGACAAAGUUGAUGUCAAAAUUCGAAGAUAAUUAA